AUGAACGAUCCAUGGGCGCCGCCGCCGUAUCAGGCUUCUGCUCCUGUGCCAGCGCCAGCGGCUGCGGCUGCGGCUCAAUCGACUCGGUCAGCCGAGACGUCGAGCAACGACACGCCGUACGCCUUCUUACGGGAUUUCGAUACGAUUUUCGUCGUGGACGACAGCUCAAGCAUGCGGGGCCAGCGGUGGAAAGAGGCAGAGGAUGCGCUUGCGGCGAUCGCACCGAUCUGCACGCAGUACGACGAGGACGGGAUAGACAUCUACUUUCUGAACCACCGACGGGACACGAUCAAGAAGUCCAAGGGGGGAUAUAACAACAUCACCACCGCCGACGACGUCCGCGAGAUCUUCGGCAGCGUGUAUCCGCAUGGCCCGACGCCGUUUGGCAAGCGGCUGUACGAGAUCCUGGAUUCGUAUAUGCGGGAUCUGGAGAAGGCGAUCGCCAAGGACAAGGGCGAGUCGACAUCGUCGGAGCUCGUCAAGCCGUUGAAUAUCAUUGCGAUCACGGACGGCGCGUUCACGGAUGAUGCGGAGACGACUAUCGCGAAUGUGGCGGAGAGGCUGGAUGGGAAGAGGUGUCGCGCGGUGCCUUGGCAGGUUGGCAUUCAGUUCUUCCAGAUCGGAAAUGAUCCCGCUGCUACGCGGUAUCUGCAGGAGCUCGAUGAUAGUCUGGCCGAGAUGCAGCACAAGGACCAUCUGCGUGAUAUGGUGGAUACGGUGCCGUGGAGAGGUGAUCAGGGGCAGACGCUGAGUGCGGAUGGCAUCCUCAAGUGUGUUCUCGGCGCUGUGCACAAGAAAUACGAUAAGCGGGACGCGUUUCAGUGA